AUGUCUGAAACAACUGUAAAGUCCUGUUUCACUGUUCAACUUUUCACAUCUGUUGUUGAUCACACUGAAAUCAUGUCAGGAAGAGGUAAAGGCGGUAAAGGACUCGGCAAAGGGGGCGCUAAGCGUCAUCGCAAGGUUUUGCGUGAUAACAUCCAGGGAAUCACCAAACCCGCCAUACGUCGUCUCGCUCGUCGUGGUGGUGUCAAGCGUAUUUCAGGUUUGAUCUAUGAGGAGACUCGCGGUGUGUUGAAGGUGUUUUUGGAGAACGUUAUUCGUGACGCCGUCACCUACACUGAGCACGCAAAGAGAAAGACCGUCACCGCCAUGGAUGUCGUCUAUGCUUUGAAGCGACAGGGUCGCACUCUGUACGGUUUCGGAGGUUAAACGAUUGAAGUUAUACACAAACC